UUUCUCUACCAAGUUAAUUGAUUUUAGCAAUGGCGUCUAAAGCUUUUCUCCUCUUCUCAUUUUUAAUCCUCCUUCUUUCUCUCCUCUCUCAUUCAGUUUUAGCAGACAACACCAAUGACAAAAAACAAUCACCAUUUGAGUUCAUCAACCAUCUCCAAGGUUGUCAUAAGGGCGACAAAGUUAAUGGCACCAAUGAGCUUAAAAAAUACCUUGAAAAGUUUGGUUACUUGAACUAUAGCUCUUCCACGACUCAAAAGCAUGCGAAUGAUGAUGAUUUUGAUGAGCUAUUAGACUCAGCUAUCAAAACCUACCAGCUUAAUUAUCAUCUUAAAGCCACUGGAGUUUUGGAUGCCGAAACUGUUUCAAAGAUGACAAUGCCUCGAUGUGGAGUAGCAGAUAUUAUUAAUGGCGCAACUCGAAUGCGGUCUGGCCACAAAAGACAUCACAAUGCCUCCAGCCAUUUCCAUAUUGUCGCUCACUAUUCAUUUUUCCCUGGAAACCCUAAGUGGCCAGCAAACAAGUACCAUCUCACCUAUGCAUUUCUUCCAGGAACUCGAGCUGAUGCCAUGAACCCUGUUGCCAAAGCUUUCACGACAUGGGCUGGAAAUACACAUUUCAAAUUCACACGGACUCAGAACGCUAGAAAUGCCGAUAUCACGGUUAGUUUCCACAGCGGUGAUCAUAGAGAUGGUUCCCCCUUUGAUGGCCCUGGCGGAACCCUUGCUCAUGCCUAUGCCCCAAGGGACGGAAGGUUCCAUUACGAUGCAGAUGAGAGAUGGUCUGUGCGUGCAACCCAAGGCUCAUUUCACUUGGAGACUGUUGCAUUGCAUGAAAUUGGGCAUCUUCUUGGACUGGGGCAUAGCUCAGUUGAGGGGGCUAUCAUGUUCCCUUCUAUUUCUGCUGGAGUGACAAAGGGUUUGCAUGGAGAUGACAUUCGAGGCAUCAGGGCUUUAUAUAAUGUUUAAGGAGUUAUUUCAAGAUUUCCUACCGUGAGAUAAGAAUAAAUGAGACUUAUGGUACCAAAUAAAUCAAGGGGGAAAGACAGCCAGUUGUACUUUCCAUAUUUUAUCAGCUUCAAAAUUUCAAAACAAAAUGAUACUUUUAUUAUCAGGAAUAAAAACCAUAUA